UGUUCCGAAAACUAUAAACAAAUAGAAAAUCGAAAUUUAGGCCAAAUCAAAUGUUAAAAAUUGUACAACAAGAUGGGUUAUCUCUGGACGAGCACAGGGAAACAAGUUCACGUUAAAAUAGUUCAUAAAUCGGCGAAUGUGUUACAUCUCUGUAUAGAAAAUGUGGAAGCAAACGCGGCAAGACGCAGGCUUCUUGUCCUUCAGCUGGGAUCACUGUUCUGUUUUGCUGUUAGUGCAUUCAUUUUUAAGCUGAAUGUACUAAAUACAUGUUUUCUCUUACCAAUCAUCGUACUAGGGUAUUUGUAUAGCAAUGUAGUAAAGUCUGAGAAUUUAGUUUUGGUUAAAGAUUUCGCCCUGCAGUGCUCGACAACGUUUGCGAAUGGCACUGUACGUAAUACUCUAAUUCCGAUCGAAUACAUACAGGAUGUAGUUAUUAACGAGGUAUUUUACAACCUGAAAGUCAUAUACGUAUUGCAAGUCCUAACCAAAGGAAAUCUAUUCCGGAGAAAGCCAGUUAUAACAUUGCUAAAUCAACUUAAGCCUGGACUGACCUGUUUGAAAAUCAUCUACGAAGAAUUACAUUCUACAUUAGAGCUAGGGGACUGCUGAUUUGAUCUGGCUUUUCAACGUCUGCUAAUCGGGAACAGCUUAUCUAAAACGUUCAACAUUUGA